AUGAUCACACGGACUUGCGCCAAGUGGGACCACUGGAACAUAUCGGUCGUUCGCGACUUCCAUCACACGAGCGGGUCCCCGACUUUGAUGCUCUUGGGGACGUGCAAGACUCGUCCGCAACAUCACCAAGUAUCAAAGAUGACGUUUGCCAGAGCGUCCAAGACCGGAGUAUCGAACUGGUCUGAGGUUAAGAAAAAUUGUGAAGCUGGAGCCGAGAAGAAUGGUUCUGUGAGUUGGAUCUGCAAUGUGCGAACGGUACUUUUCAAGCAUCACAGCUGACGCGUCGGCGCUGCAGUCACAGGAGAAUCAGCCGAGCAUAAUCGCCGCAUUUGUCAACAAAGCUAGAUUGGCGACCAACGCGGUUCUGCACAUUGCUACCUCAAAAGACCCUCUACUCCGUCUCGACCGGAAAGCAAGCGCUUAUCUCAACGAGAUGCUCCAGACGGCCAACCCUGCGGCUCAGCUUAGCAGCCACGACACGGUCAACAAGCAUCUCAGGAUCGUGCACGAAGCAUAG